AACACACACACACUCUCUCACACACUGCCUGGAACACCAUCAGCCUGAAACAUGGAGCUGUACCUGGACCUGCUCUCCCAGCCCUGCCGCUCGGUCUACAUGUUCGCCAAACUGCUGAAAAUCCCCUUUGACUACAAAAAAGUGGAUCUGGCUGCAGGUCAGCAGUACGGCGAGGAGUUCGGGAAAAUCAGCAUGGUUCGCAGAGUUCCUGUCCUGAAGGAAGGAACCUUCGUCCUGACCGAGAGCACCGCCAUCCUGCAGUACCUGGCACAGAAGCACAAGGGCGCCGACCACUGGUACCCGGCGGACCUGCAGCGGCGGGCCCGGGUCCAGGAGUACCUGGCCUGGCAGCACACCGGCAUGCGGGCGCACGGCUCCAAGGUCUUCAUCCUGAGGUGCCUGUACCCCCUGGUCCUGGGCUCCGAGGCGCCCCAGCAGAAGAUGGACGACGCCGUGGCGGAGCUGAAGCAGUCCCUGGACCUGCUGGAGAACUUCUUCCUCCAGAACAGACCCUUCAUCGCCGGGGACAAGAUCUCCGUGGCCGACCUGGUGGCCAUCGUGGAGAUCAUGCAGCCCGUCGGAAGCGGCUUCGACGUGUUCGCCGACCGUCCCAAGCUGACCGCCUGGCGGGACGCCGUGAAGAAGGAGGUCGGGGACAAGCUGUUCGACGAGGCCCACGAGGGAAUCAUGAACGCCAAGGAGGCCGUGAAGAGGGUGGACAAGGCCCGCCUGGAGCAGAUGAAGCCUUACUUCCUGAAGAUGUGAACCUGAACGCAGACCAUGAACUGCUCCAUUUCCAUCUCCGCCAUCAUAAAUGCUCUGUAGAUUCAAUAUGUGAAGAAAUAAAACAUUGUUCGCCUCA